GGCUGAACCCGGAAGUGGGUAGGCGCUGGAGCGAGCGCGCCGAGAGUGGAGCUCAGCGGCUGGGAGCCAGCGGGGGAGCCCUGGGUUCCCGACCAUGAAACCCUCGGGCACGCCCCUCCAGAAGCUGUUAACCGAGACAAUCUAGUUGUUUUUUUUUUUUUUUUUAAAUAAAUCCCUUAAGACACUUAUGAAGUUUCUUGUUCUGAAAUUGUUGUACUGCAAUGAAGAAAAGGAGAAAGGUUACUUCAAAUCUUGACGAGAAGAUCCACCUAGGCUACCAUAAAGAUUCUUCAGAAGGAGAUGUUGCAGUGGAGUGUGACGAAGUAACCUACACUCAUUCCACAGAAAGACCGACUCCUGAAGCUCUUCACUGUUACCAGGAACUUCCUCCCUCACCAGAUCAGAGAAAACUUCUGAGUUCUUUGCAGUAUAACAAGAAUUUGCUGAAGUAUUUAAAUGAUGACAGGCAGAAGCAACCAUCUUUCUGUGACUUACUUAUCAUAGUAGAAGGAAAAGAAUUUAGUGCACAUAAAGUUGUUGUUGCUGUUGGCAGUAGUUACUUUCAUGCGUGUUUGAGCAAAAAUCCAAGCACUGAUGUUGUCACCCUGGAUCACGUAACACACUCAGUUUUUCAGCAUUUGCUUGAAUUUCUUUACACAUCAGAAUUUUUUGUGUACAAAUACGAAAUACCUCUUGUUUUAGAGGCAGCAAAAUUUCUGGACAUUAUAGAUGCAGUUAAAUUGCUAAAUAAUGAAAAUGUUGCCACUUUUCAGUCUGAGCUGUCUGAAAAGUCCUCACCAGAAGAAACACUAAGUGAAUUAACUGGAAGACUAUCAAAUAAUCAUCAGUGUAAAUUCUGUAGCAGACAUUUUUGUUACAAAAAGUCUUUAGAGAAUCAUUUGGCUAAAACCCAUAGGUCCCUUUUAUUAGGGAAAAAACAUGGGUUAAAAAUGCUGGAGAGAAGUUUUUCCACGAGAAGAUCAAAAAGGAAUCGGAAGUGUCCUGUUAAGUUUGAUGACACCAGUGAUGAUGAACAAGAAAGUGGCGAUGGGUCAGACAAUUUGAAUCCAGAACAUUUUGAUAAGGAAAAGUCAGAUAGAAAUGAUUCUGAGGACCCUGGAAGUGAAUAUAAUGCUGAAGAAGAUGAGCUAGAGGAGGAAAUGUCAGAUGAAUACUCUGACAUUGAAGAACACAGUGAAAAAGAUCAGAAUGAUGCAGAAGAGGAACCUGAGGCUGGUGAUUCUGUAGGAAAUAUUCAUGAGGGGUUAACUCCUGUAGUCAUUCAGAACAGUAACAAAAAAAUACUGCAGUGUCCUAAAUGUGAUAAGACAUUUGACCGCAUAGGGAAAUAUGAGAGCCACACACGUGUUCACACAGGUGAGAAGCCCUUUGAGUGUGAUAUUUGUCACCAGCGCUAUUCGACAAAGUCUAAUCUAACUGUUCACAGAAAGAAGCACAGUAAUGAAACAGAAUUUCAUAAGAAGGAGCACAAGUGCCCUUAUUGUAAUAAACUUCAUGCAAGCAAGAAGACUUUAGCCAAGCAUGUUAAGAGAUUUCAUCCUGAAAAUGCACAAGAAUUUAUCUCCAUUAAGAAGACUAAGAGUGAAAGUUGGAAAUGUGAUAUUUGUAAGAAAUCUUUUACUCGAAGACCACACUUGGAGGAACAUAUGAUUCUGCAUUCUCAAGAUAAACCUUUUAAGUGUACCUAUUGCGAAGAACAUUUCAAAUCACGAUUUGCACGGUUAAAGCAUCAAGAAAAGUUCCAUCUGGGUCCUUUUCCAUGUGAUAUAUGCGGUCGCCAGUUUAAUGACACUGGAAAUUUGAAACGCCAUAUAGAAUGUACCCAUGGUGGAAAGAGAAAAUGGACUUGCUUUAUCUGUGGAAAAUCAGUACGAGAAAGGACUACUUUGAAAGAACAUUUGAGAAUCCAUAGUGGAGAAAAACCUCAUCUUUGUAGUAUUUGUGGACAAAGUUUUCGUCAUGGAAGUUCAUACAGACUUCAUUUACGAGUACAUCAUGAUGAUAAACGAUAUGAGUGUGACGAAUGUGGGAAAACAUUUAUUCGUCAUGACCACCUUACAAAGCACAAAAAAAUACAUUCGGGUGAGAAGGCUCAUCAGUGUGAAGAAUGUGGAAAAUGUUUUGGUCGUAGGGAUCAUCUCACUGUUCAUUACAAAAGUGUACACCUGGGAGAGAAAGUGUGGCAAAAAUAUAAAGCAACGUUUCAUCAAUGUGAUGUUUGUAAGAAAAUUUUUAAAGGCAAAUCAAGUCUGGAAAUGCAUUUUCGGACGCAUUCAGGUGAAAAACCAUACAAGUGUCAAAUUUGCAAUCAAUCUUUUAGAAUUAAGAAAACUUUAACAAAACACCUGGUUAUCCAUUCUGAUGCCCGACCUUUCAACUGUCAGCACUGUAAUGCAACAUUUAAGCGGAAAGACAAGCUGAAAUACCACAUUGACCAUGUUCAUGGCAUAAAAUCUCCAGACGAUCCUCUAAGUACUUCUGAGGAAAAACUUGUAUCCUUGCCAGUAGAGUACUCAUCUGAUGAUAAAAUCUUUCAAACAGAAACAAAACAAUAUAUGGACCAGCCCAAAGUUUAUCAGUCAGAAGCCAAGACUAUGUUACAGAAUGUGUCUGCUGAAGUGUGUGUUCCAGUAACAUUGGUUCCAGUUCAGAUGCCUGACACUCAGAGUGAUCUGGUGCGUCAUACAACCACGCUUCCACCAUCUUCUCAUGAGAUCUUGUCACCACAGCCACAAUCAACUGAUUAUCCCCGAGCAGCUGAUUUAGCUUUUCUGGAAAAAUAUACUCUUACUCCUCAACCUGCAAAUAUAGUUCAUCCAGUACGACCUGAACAAAUGCUAGACCCUAGAGAACAGUCUUAUCUUGGAACACUACUAGGCCUUGAUAAUGCUACUGCUGUACAAAGUAUUUCUAAUAAUGAGCAUCAUUCAUGAGUAAAUCUAAACAUUCCACAGACUUUCUUGAUUGUUAGUGCUAAUGGUAGCCUAGACUGAUGGCUUUUAAAUUAGUAAGGCUGCUAUUUUUUUCAUUUUCUCUAGUUUCUCAAGUCCUCAGAACCAUUUCAAAUCAAGAAAAAUAUGUAUUUCUGUUUACUGAACAUAUGAAUAUUUGGACACAUUUUGAGGUAUAAUAUUUGAAAUGAACAUUUUUGUGAUUUUUAAAGAUAACUUAGUGCUUAAUUUUUAAUGGUUCCUCAAACUUUUCAAUAUUACUAGCUGUUGACUUUAUGGUUUUGUUUUUGUUUUUGUUUUUAAUCAUCAGUGGACGUUUUUAUUCUUCUUUAGUUUCAAUCCUCUUUUCUCCCUUCCACAUCUUCCAGAGAAGCUUAAGGACCAUGUAGCCUUUCAGAAAGACUAUAAGAAUACACUGAUAAUUGCAACUCUUCUUAUCCUAACUUAAGAUUCAUUAUCAUUUCUUCUGCAUUUUUAAAAUUUGAAGUUAGAUCUAAAUUUGUAGGGAAAUCUUGGAUAUUUUUGUGUUGUUUUUUUAUCUGGCCAUAAUUUCAGGUUAUUAUUAAUCCUUUGGUCUUUUGAUAAACUCAAAGCGAGAAAGCUAACUUAAUGUAAGAUUAGCUUAUUAAAUGAAACGCAGAAUUGAAAUAAUUAUUCAAAGGAUUGGUUUUUGCCAGUGCUUUAGUUGCCAUGAAUACAAAAUGCAAACAUAUGUGCAGGUGUUAAAUUAUACAAAGUUGAAAAGGUAUUGAAAGCAAAUUAUGACCGUUUUAACUAGAUAACUUUCAAGGUAAGUUCACCUUUUAUAUUUUGUCAUUUAUUUAGAAACAAUAACAGCACAUAAUAGCAUAUAUCUUCAUUUCACUAAAGGAGGGGCAAUUAUAACUAAUCAGUGAAAUUUAAUUUAUAAGCUACUUUUGGUCUCAUUUACUUUGGCUAAGUGAAAUUCUGGGAAACAGAACCUACGUAUUACGUAUGUAACUGUUAGGAAAGGUGCCAAAUUAUAAAAUUUAUGUCCAACUAAACUCCAUGUUUACUUUAAUUAAAGGGAACCACUACUUGUAUACAGAUUUACAUGUAAUCUAGAUCUUUAUUUUGCUUUUCAAUAAGCCUAAGGCCUGUAAUUAUCCUUGAUUUUUAUUUUUGUAGGAGACAAAAGUUGAGGACUUGGUGAGAGGAAAUAGCAGUUAGAGCAAAAACCUCACUGAUAAAAAUUGAGGAAAAAGUCAGUCAAAAUUACAAAAUACCUUUCAAGAUGUGCACUUUCCAUAUUUUCAAGUCCAUUUAAAUUUAAACUAGGAUGAUAUUUCCUAGGAGCUGCUUGAAGGAUUAGAAUAGGCAGGGUUGAUUUAUUAUUAGCAUGUCAUUUGUAUGUAAACUACUGGAAAAUAGCAAUUUUAAGAUUUUUCUAUUUCAGUUUUGUUUACACUCCUAAUUGCUUUAAGCACUUUUUUUGUGUAAACUGUAAAGUCUGGCCCAGCCCUUGUGAAAAAAAUCACAAAUAAAAUAAUGAAGUUUUAAUGAAUAAAAUUUAACCACUUACUAAUGGGGAAACUUGUUUGCUGAAGCACUUAAGAAAUGAAGGUACUUUACAGGAACAUUCACAUCAUAUUAGUGGAAAUAAAAGAAAAAAAUGUUGAGAUUGAGGCAGUUAACCAAAGUAGCUCACAUAAGUAACAAAACCAACCCGAGUUUUGCCUCAGUUAUCAAGGUUUGGUUGUAAUUAGUCUAGGACCAGUAGAUAUAAUUAAUGUAUUCUUUUCAAAACACUUUUACUUUUGUGUGAAAAUGUUAUAUCUGGGGUACUUAUGUGAUAAAACUUGACUGUAUGAGGUACUAUUAGUCUGUUAGUCUUUCAAAUUGACUUUUAAAAAUAUGUCUUUAUGUUUUUUGAUUCCUCUCAUGAAAACAAGACCUUCAACUCAAAAACUUACUAUAAUGAAAUGAAGUAAUACCUAAAAGUAUACCCUGCCUUACAUAUAAACCGUUGUAGAAAAGUUUGGACUUCUAAAAAGGCAAUGGUAUAUAUGUGUCUGUGUAUGGUAUAUUAUAUGCUUGGUAGCAAGAAAGAAAUAGGGUGUUGCAUUUUCACAUUGAAAAGAAUACUUUGCUUUUUUGAAGGUAUUUAGGAUUCUUUUAAUAAUAAUGUCCUAAUUCUAUAAGUACAUAAUUUGAUCAUAGGAGUUGGUUUACAGAACGAAACUUUUCUGGAAUACAUCUCUUACGUAAAGUGAAAUAGAACUAUAUUUAGUUAUUAUUGUAGAUAAACUUGAAUACUGGUUUACUCUUUUAUAAAAUGCUUUCACAGUUCUCUCGUUUAACCUCAUAACCAAAUCUGAAAGAGAAAAGACAUGCUGUAUUCCCAUUUUAGAGAUAAAGAAUCCGAGGUUAAGAUAAAGGACUCACUUAAGCUCUCAGCAUUAAAAAUGGCAGAGCUACUAAUAGGGAAGGAAAGCUAGCAUUAAUAAAUGCUUACUGUGUGCCAGGCACUACAUUUUCUCAUGUAAUUUUAAACAGUCUGAGAAGUAGAUAGUAUAAUUCUUGUGAGGAAAUUAUCUCAGUGGGUGGACAAACAAAUCUGCUGCCUCUAAUUUCCAAAAUUAGAAUAUAGAACAUUUUAAAUUGUGAAAACCUCAUGGAUUUGGGCAAACUGAAUGUAUAUAAGUUGUUGAAGUUGGCACAAAAAAUAUGAAAUGAGGCCUACUCUUUUCAGUUAAACUUUUGUAAUAUUUAAUUUGGAGUAUUUGGACAAGUGUUCCAUUAACUCUAAAAUCCAUUAAUUUUGUAACUGUACUUAAAUUUUUGAAUCUUGCAACUAAGUUUAGCCUCAUUCAGAAUUUUUUAUUUUAUGAGCAUAAUUUAUUGUUUUAAAUUAAUUUUUUAGCUGAUAGCAGUUAGCACUUAAUAUGUAAAUUGAAUAAUUUAUCAAGUGUAGAAAUGUGUUAACCUAAUCAGUUUUUCCUUAAAUGCACCAAAGAUUUUUAGUAGGUAUUAAAAUAGUUUAAAAGAAUUAAAAUUCUUUGUUGUUUGAAUAAAUAUUUGUCCAAAGAAGCACAGUUGAAGUCCUAGGAUUAUGGAUUUAAAAAGAAAAAUCAUUAGUUUGAAUACUAAGAUUAAGUGUUUGUGUUUAUAUGUAUAAAAAUAAAAACAGAAGAAAAUACUCUGGGAAUAGUCAUACUGACAAACCAGUUACAAGUAAGAAUACUCAGUUUUCCUCAGUUCAGUUAAUUGAAUGUUGUCUUUUAAGUGGACACUAUUAAAUGCUAAAUAAUAAGCUUAUUUUUUACACUACACUAUUAAAAUAAUUUUGCCUUAGAAUUUUUUUUUAAGACAAGUUGAAGUUAUUUUUAUAAGAAACCCCACCUAUUUUUUGCAGCCUAAAAUACCAUUUAAGGUUAGGGUUUGUUCUUCAUGCCAGCAAGAUUUAACCAACAAACUGUAAAGGUAAUGAUCUUUGCAUACUUUUAAGUAAUUUAGUCGUUUUUGCUGGGAGAAAAGGAGUAGCAAAAAUAGGGUUUUAAACUGGUGCUUUAUUAAGUGACUUCCUUUUAAGUGAUUGUAGGUCAUGAUAUAGGUACACUAAUUUCUGUCAACUUUAAAAGUGUCAAACAUCUUUGCAGAGUGACUGUAAACUGUUAAGGGCUAAUAAGUAAUUAAAUAUCAUUCAUUGCUUUUCAGUCUUUAAUCACAAACAAAAACACAGUUAAACUGGUAUGUUUAUAAGUUUGAGUUCUCUUCCUACCAGAUCAUUCUAACAUAUCGUUGAUGAAAAGUCAGAUUUAAAGCUUAGCUCUUCGACAGUGUCCUUUUUAUACCCAGUCUUUUCUGAAUUGAAUACUUUGUGCCUUUUCAAUGUGUUGUAGUUGCUUAAAAUUGAUUCUGCUGGCUAGAUUGUACUGGUUAAUAAAUGAUUUUGAUUUUGUUGUUGUUGUUGUUGUUGUUGUUAUGGGUUUUAUGUUUGUGCUGCCUGCUGGUCAGGCAAUACUUUUUUUAGAUUACUUUAUGAUUAGGAAAAUGGCACUAAGUAAUAGUGUGAACAUUUUUUUUUUUUAACUCUUUUGUGGCCUUUAUAGUUACUGUGAAGCCACUCCAGGGCCUGUCUCUAGAUGCUUAUUAGAGGAAUCUGACAAAUAAAAUAAAAUGAGUAGUG